AUGCUUUGUUUGAGGCAGGUUUGCUUGUUUACGCUGAGACGUUACCAAGCUCGGACCCUGUGUAGUGAUCUGCUUUUGAGCCAGAUAAAUAGCUGCACCCAUGAAGAUGAAGUGUUCAGCCUUGUUGGAAGUAACAAGGCCAGACUUUCUGAAAAGCAUGUGGGAAUUGCAUUGAACAUGCUGUGGCAAUUGCAAAAGAAGAGGCCACUUCUCUUAAGGACUAAUGAUUACGUAAGAAAUCACUCCCAGUUUCUUACCCUUUGCAUUUUAGCAGAAAACAAGGUGGAACACAUGGAAGAUGAGGCUGUAGUGGACACCUUAUAUAGUAUUCUGAGGCUCAGUGUUGAAGACCAUGAUUCUCUAGCAGAAGUGCUUGUUACAGAAGCAUGGAAAAGAUUAGAAAGGCUUAGUUUGCCAGCUCUGUCUAAAUUUGCACUGUGCUUAUACAAGAAAUAUAGGCAUUUCAAUCCCAUAACUGGCAAAAUAGCUCAUAUUGUGGAUGAGAAACUGGAUUCUGUACAGGAUAUAAGGGCUUUGUCAGUUUUGAUGGUCAGCAUAUCUGAUGUUAUCUCACAGAGUUUUCGAGAUCGGUUACUAUGUAAGGCCGAACAGCUCAUGGAAGAAAAGGAAGUCCACUUCAACAGUGCCAAAAGAAUACUACAAUUUCUUCAAAAUUUUAAACUGAUAUACCAUCCAUUGCUAGAAAAAUGCAACAGGAUUUUUCUUAAAAGUGCCUCCCGUCUUGAUAUACACAGUAUUAGUCAUAUUUUUGGACUGUAUGAGCAGUUGGGUUUCGACAAUGCUGAAUUCCGCUUGGUUGCUAAACAGCUGCUGUCUGAAACUGUAGAUGAUUGUCAUGAUCCUGAAACCUUUGCAAAAUUAUUUUUUGCUCUUGGGCCUAUGGCAGGAUCCAACAUAAGAGAAAGGUUGCUGGUAACUGCAGCACACAUGGCAGAAGAAUUUAGCAGUCAGCAAAUAUUGGUGAUACUGAAGACGAUGCAGAAAAUGAAAUGCAGAAAUUCUCAUCUGCUGAAAAAAAUGGCUUCUGUUCUGCAUAAACACUUGGAUAGCUAUCAUGUGUUACAGCUGGUGAAGUUAACGCACUACUUGGUGGUGUUGCGUUGCCACGAUCCGGAGCUGUUUGCCAAACUAAAAAUGUUACUAUUAGGCUUUUUAAAAUCUAGUGUGAUACCUACUGAUACUGCAGCCAUAAUUCGUGUUCUGGCCAUGCUUCCUUCAUUUCAAGUGGAAGAAAUCAUUCUAAACAAAGCAGCAGCAGUUCUGCCUCAAUGCAGGCUCCACAAUUUGAAUUGCAUUGCUACAGCUCUUGUCAAAUGGAAUCAUCAUAACCAGUUGCACUGGCAAAACAGUUCUGAAGUAUGUGCAGAGCUUCUGCAAAACCUAAAUGACUGUGGAUUUCAGAGGCUUCAGAAAGCCAACAACUUAAAUCUUCUGUUGGAAGAACUUACACAUGUGAAUGGAGACUGGUUUGAAGAAGUCCUGAGUGAGGAAACCGUGGCCGCGUGUCAGCGCUUGAUAGGCCAGAUAACAUGGGCAAAUGUAUUACCUUUGUCGUUUUUCCUCCUGAAAACAAAGCACCAUUGUCCUGCUCUAUUUGACAGAAUAGCUGCUGUAACUGUUGAAAAUCUAGACAAGAUGCAACCCUCUGAAAUCUGUUCUAUUCUCAUCCUGUUCUCUGCUUUGAAUUAUGACCCUCCUGAUAAUGAAGAGUUCUUUGAGAAUUGUAUCCAGCAUCUUACUUCUAACUUGAGUUAUUUUGAAACUUACCACUUGGUGCUGCUUGGUCAUGCUUUGGCAGUGGCUGGGUAUUUUCCUCCAGUACUGAUAACAACGAUAUUUAAUGUUUCUUUCCUAAGUAAAUUGGAUGCUCAACUUAAAGUCCUGCCUGAUAGCCUAAAGCAGAGGGUUCGCUCUCGCCUCAUGCGGUUGAACAGAGCAGUGUGCCUGGAGUGCCCGGAGCUUCACAUCCCUUGGUUUCAUGAGCGUUACUGCCAACAUGUCUUUCACAACAGUAACCGAAUAAAUCCACCGCGGCAGCAUGUUUACAGAAUGUUGGCAGAGAUCCUAGGAGGGAGCCAUUACGUGAGAACAUCUGUUCUCACACCAUACUACUAUGAAAUAGAUUUUGAGUGUGUCCUGGAUGAAAAUAAAAAGCCUCUUUCCUGUAUGGCUCAGAAUAUACCUUUGGAUAAUGUAGGAGGAAUACACUUGAGACAUGACGUCAAGGAUGAAGGGCGUAGGACUCUGUCACCAGGAUCCCAGAGAAUUGCUUUGGAGUUUCUUGAUUCAAGAGCUUUUAGCAAAGAUUCUUCACGUCAUCUGAAAGGAGAACCUGCAGUGAAAAAACGCCACCUGGAAAUGCUGGGGUACCGCGUAGUGCAGAUUCCUCACUUUGAAUGGAAUUCUAUGGUUCUGUCAACAAAGGAUGAACAGCUAGAAUACCUGAGACAGCAGCUGUAUGGAAUACAGUGA